AAAAACUUCAUAGAUUUAAGACAGAUAAUGUUCUGUUGUCGCACUUUAGACAUGCAAAUUAUUCCAUUUGGUAUAAAUAAAAUGCUCAGGCGGUCACCACCCCCAAAGAAAAAGGUUGAGUUACUAAUCAGCUAAAAACUAGCAUGAAAUGCUCUCAAACAAGUCAAAAGUGAAAGCACAGACCGAUCAAUGGGCUGUAUUGUGUUGUGGGAUUUCUAAACAAAAUGAGUAAAUAUUUUUCUUGCCUUCAGCUGCUUUUAGCAGUGCUGUAGUGUAAAGUAUAAGCUGUUGAGGAGUUAAUCAGUGACUUCUUCUAGUGAGCCAUAUUUGGAGGUAUAGAUAAGUGAACUUAUUUGCAGCAAAAGAAGUAAACAAACAAAUAAACUAAGAUGCUGUUGAUGCUUGGCUCUGCUGUGUGUGUGUGUUUGUUUACAGCAGCAAGCAUGAACAACCUGAACAACCCCCCCAGGUGGAACAUCCAGCAAGACCCCAGGGGGAGGGAGGCGGGUGUAGGUGAUGGGAACCCAUGGAACUACGCCCUUUUGGUCCCCAUGUUGGGGCUGGCUGCAUUUCGUUGGAUCUGGACUAAAGAAUCCCAGCAGGAGAUCCAGAGGGUCAAAGACGAGUGCAGCAAAGAUGUUUCCGCAAUAAAAAGUGAACUUGAAGCGCGUUAUCAGGAGACACUGACAGAAACACGGAGGGCGGCCGCCACGUUGGAGCUGGAGCUGGAGAAGGAGAAGCAGAGAGGAGAAGGCUACAGGCAUGCAAUAGUGUCACAGAGGCAACAGCUUGUAGUAGAACAAAAAAAGUUGCAGCAGGAGCGAGAUGUGUUGAACGGAGAGAAGCAAAGGUGGCUGACAUCUGGCGCCGCUGGUGCGGCUCUGCGCGAAGCCCUGGAGAGGGAAAACAACUGGUGUCUGUACGCCACAGCCACGCUGAGGGAACUGGAGAGUCAGCUGAUGGAGCGGCAGGAUGCUUAUUGCUCCUACAUCCAACCUCGAGAUCAGCGGCUGGAGAUGGAGAAGAACAUGCUGCUCAAGGUUGUUAAGGACCCUGCUGUAGCAGAACUUGGUCUGGAGUCGGACCUGAAGGACAUUUUUAAAAGAGACAGCUACUGUGCAAACGCACUAAACACUGACAGGAGGAGGAACGGAAGCCUCAUGUGGGUGUAUCUGAAGUACUGGCACCUCAAGGUUGCCAUGCAGAGACACAAAAGAGCUGAGACAGCUGUUUUGGAAGGAAAAGUCCAGCCUCAUUCCAAAUGACAAAUGUUUUUCUCUUGAUUCAGAAACAAAAAAGGAAAUUUUUGCAAAUGACAAAUUGAAAUAAAAUUGCUAUUUAUUUCCACCCCUAAAAAAAGUCUAUCCUUUACAAAUGUAAUGCAAAAGGUAAAAGAAUAUUAUAAAAACACAAGAAGCCUCACUAGCUUUCAUUGUGUGCAACUUAAGGUGCAGGUGAAAUGAUAUCCAUUCCAACUUCCUAACUCAUACGUUUUUUUAAAGAAAAUUAAAACUGUGUGCCCCUUAAAUUAGCUUAUAGGAGCAUUUUGGCAUUUAUAGUUUGCUAGAUUUGUCUUUUUUUCUGUUUGUUUUACAAAUAUAUACUGUUUUAUGUAGAAAUAUACUAAACGGGUCCAAAAAAUGGUUGGAUGGCUGGAUUCAUAUAUACGUUUUUUUUAAAUAAAAAUAGAAGGAAAGUCUUUUGAUAGAGGGGUUACUCAAAACGUUUCCACUGUAUAGGAGAGAAAACUUUGCAAAAGCUGCAUGAAAAUGUUAGGAUGAGAUGGCAUCAGGACCAAUAUAGGAAAACUUCAUGUUUCUGAUGCACUAUGUUGCACUGAUCCUCACUUGCCAGUAAAACAUUUACUUUAAUCUA